AGUUCUGCGUGCACCUGCAACAGGACAGUUGUAUGGUGAUGGAGGAGGAACAACCUCAAGAGGACUGCGCCCAACCCCAGCCCUCCGCGUCCUGCUCCAAGAAGCCAGACAAGCCCCUCUACCAGCCCAAGAAGAAGCAGGACGGCCCCAAAGAUAAGGCUCAAACCCAGGGAGACGGCAAACCAAAGCCCAGGCCUCGCUACACGGACAAGGCCCGAAAGAAUGCCAAGAACAAGAAGGACAAAGGAGGGAAGACGGGAGGAGAGGGGAAUGGAGUCCUAAACGGUGAGGAGACGGUAGAAGAAGGAGGAGGAGGUGACGCGGGGCCACAGAAUGACGGACAGGCUGCUACAGCCAACCAGGGAGGAGAUGUGGGUUCGCGACUGGAGACGGGGAGCAAGAGUUCUCCGUCUGAGAGAGAAGGGGGACCCCGGGAGGGGAUAGAGGCAGGCCCUCUGGAAGAGGAGGAGGAGGAGAGCUGGGACGCUCUCUUUGAUGACGAAGGAGAGUGUUUGGAUCCCCAUGUGCUAGAGGAGCUGGCUAUAAAGCAGGGCAGGAAGAAGCGGCCGGUGCAGGAGGCCAGGUUUGACUACUACAGCUUGGAUCAGGACAGAGAGGGGGAUGAUGACACUGAGCUCACAGAGGAUGAGCUGUCUAACAUCAUAGAAAUCUACGACUUCCCCACAGAGUUUAAGACUGAAGACCUGGUCAAAUCCUUCCAGGCCUACCAGCAGAGAGGCUUUGACAUCCAGUUUGUGGACGAUACACACGCCCUGGCUCUCUUCAACAGCCCCAUAGCAGCUCGGGAGGCUCUGAGGACCAAACACCCGCUGUUGAAGGUCAGGUCUCUGGCUAAAGCCUCCGUCACCACCAGGGCCAAGGCUCGCAGCUGCUCAGACUACCUGCUCCCUACUAAGGAGCGUCCCCAGACCAGUGCAGUGUUGGCCCGCAGGCUGGUGAUGGGGGCGCUGGGCGUCAAGAGUCCCCAGAGCAAAGAGCACCGUGAAGCAGAGAGGAAAAAACUGCAAGAUGCCAGAGAGCAGAAGCGUCUGGCAGCUAAACAGAGAGACGACGCCUGGGAAGGGAAAGCCUGACGGAGAGGAACCACUUCCUCCAUCCCUUCCUCCCUCCACCGUAGGGACUAGACACACCUCUGUUCCCUCUGCCCUCCAUCCCAUCCUCCCUCCACCGUAGGGACUAGACACACCUCUGUCCCCUCUGCCCUCCAUCCCAUCCUCCCUCCACCGUAGGGACUAGACACACCUCUGUCCCCUCUGCCCUCCAUCCUCCUUCCACCGUAGGGACUAGACACACCUCUGUCCCCUCUGCCCUCCAUCCCAUCCUCCCUCCACCGUAGGGACUAGACACACCUCUGUCCCCUCUGCCCUCCAUCCCAUCCUCCCUCCACCGUAGGGACUAGACACACCUCUGUCCCCUCUGCCCUCCAUCCCAUCCUCCCUCCACCGUAGGGACUAGACACACCUCUGUCCCCUCUGCCCUCCAUCCCUUCCUCCCUCCACCGUAGGGACUAGACACACCUCUGUCCCCUCUGCCCUCCAUCCUCCCUCCACCGUAGGGACUAGACACACCUCUGUCCCCUCUGCCCUCCAUCCUCCCUCCACCGUAGGGACUAGACACACCUCUGUCCCCCUCCCACCUACACAGGGCAGCUGUACUGAAGCCACACUGGACUGAACAGAACUGAACUCAGCCAAAGCCCAGAGUUUGUUGGCAGAAGUUUUUCUCUUGAAACCUGGUCAGCUUUAGAUUAAUCAUCACUACUAACAUUGAUAACAGGGUCAUAUGGAGGUUAGGGGUCAUAUGGAGGUUAGGGGUCAUAUGGAGGUUAGGGGUCACAUGGAGGUUAGGGGUCAUAUGGAGGUUAGGGGUCAUAUGGGAGGCUCCCAUGCAGGGUAGCCAAGGUUAUUAUGGAUGAGCGUAUAGUACAGGGAUGCACUGCGGGGUUUUGCACCCACCCAGCACUAAAACACCUGCUGUGCUGAUUCACCUAAUUCAUGAAGAAUAGCUUUAUUUGUUGUUUUGUUAGUGGUGGGCUGGAACAAAACCCUGCACACAUACAGCACACUGAUGGCCCUGUGUAAGACGUGAUGUUGUCAACAACCACCAGCGGAUGCUAGACAGAACAGUGUGACAGUUAAACAGUAAGGUGGUGUCCCCUCCAGGGCUGGGGUCAGGUCCAUUUAGAUUCCAGUCAGUUCAGAAACUGAAGCGCGUUCCAAAUCCACAUUAUCCUCAUUGAAAAGCAUUGAGGAGAAUUGGAAUUGAAAUUUCGCUGUACUUCCUGAAUUGACAGGAAUUCAAAUUAAACUGACCCCGCCCCCGAUACCCUCAUAUUCUGUUUUUAUUAACUUUUUAUAUUGUUUUAUUACCAGCUGAUGGGGAGGAGCUAAUUAUGACCUAAUUUAUGUUACAUGUAUUAAUCUUAUAAAAAAAUAAUCUCAGUCAGGAAGUGUAUCUUGAAUCAUCCCCCCUCAGUUUCUGCUCAUGCUAAAGCGCACUGUUUUUAGUUUAGGGAUAGUGUGUCAAGCGUCUUGAGUAUGAGAGCUGAUCCAGGAUCAGGUCCCAACCUGUCCACACAAUCCUUAUUAAUUGUGUUCUAAACUGAUCCUAGAUCAGCACUUCUACCCGGAGACGAAUGAGACAUUGGGGCCCAGCUAUCUAAACGGCUUAAUAAUGAUGAGCGAGGACCGACACACCAAAUAACAUCAUGAUGAAGUCAGUUGCUCCCUGACGUUUGUAAAAACACUGUAUUUUAUUUCCCUAUUGUAUUGUUCAGUGAACAGGGUUUGUCUCUGUUUCUCUCUUAUUGGUCGUUUAAUAAAUCAUUUUUAAACUCUU